CAGAGACCAUAGUGAAGGACUUCAUGGACCUGAAGCUCCUGAAGAAGGUGGUGUGACUGUGUCCACCGUACCACAUUUGCUGGCUGCACUAACAAGAAUAGCAGCAUAGCUACUGGAAUGAAAGUUGUGGAGAUCCUGCCUAGGGUAAGGAAGAUUCUUUCAGCUUCUACAGCUUCUGAUGACCACUCAUUGCUUGACCUCAUGCUGAAAGAAGAUGUGAUAUCCAAGGAGUACCAUCAAGCUUUGCUCCAUGAAAAAGACAGAGAAGACCUUGCAAGGAAGAUAUCUCUGACACUUAUGGGAAAAUGGGACCUGUCCUCGGACACCAUAGUUCCUCUAUCUUGUUUAAAACUCUAUGGCAGCAAGCCUCAAAAUGUGACAGAUAAUGAGCCAACAGGAAGACAGUACAUUUCUGACAGCAGUAGACCAAUCAUGGAUUCAGCGUUUGUGUCUGAAAGUGGCUUUCUUGAUUUGCUGCACAGUGAUAUUGAUACACUACAUCUGUAUACUCUCUUUGAUCCUAAGUCAUCUGGAAAUGAAGAAGGUAACUUCUCUGCAGAUCCUGAAGUUGGUACCAGCAACUGUGAUCAGCCCAAUAGUAUGGAUUUCCUGUCUAUGAUGGAAAAUAGUGAAAAUGGGGAUGAACUGUAUCUCUCCAACAACACCGUAGAAGCUUAUGCUAAAAUAGCUGGAUUAGCAGAAUAUGUGCUCAAAGAUCAGCAGGAGAAGCAGGUGGAAGACACUUUUGGGAACCUUAUAUUGGAUGAAAUGGCUGCUGAAAAUACUGAGAAAUUUACUGACGUAAAGAAAUGUCACAAACGAAGCUCUGCAGAGCGUUGCUGUGAAGCGUCAGAACCCAAAUACAUGAAAAUUGUGGAAGUCCCUGCCGCAUCUGCAGGGAAUGGCAGUUUCUUAGCUAUGCCUCUCAACACCCAUCCAGCUGGCUCUGCCUCACUAACUAACCAGUAUGUGUCCUUUUCUGUUCCUGCUACCAAUAUGCUGGAAAGAAGUUUCUUCAUUCCUGGAUCUUCAGUGCCUUUGAUUCCAGAAUGUCUUCUACCUCUUGGUAUGAAAGGGAGCCAAGAGAAUACAGGCUUUGCAGAUCCUCCUCAGCAGAUACUUAACUUUGUUACUGGAAAUGGCACAUCUGAUGUUAUAAUAUAUCCAGGUUUAGAAAUAUUCAGAGAAGUCCAAGUUCCUGUAAUUCCUUCUGGACAACCGUUCAAAAGACCAAAGCCAGUGGAAGCUUUCUGUACAUCACUUAUGGAUUAUUUCCGAGACAUAUGCAAAUCUGUGGCCGUGGAGCGUGAAGUAACUCUUGAUCAGCUAUUUAUUGAUGGGACACUUGUUCAAAGCCAAACUGAAAUCAAGACGGGGAAGAAUAGCAUAAAAGUAAUGGAAAAGGAGAUGGCAACUUGCAGUCUGCAAGGGAGGGAAAAGGUAGCCCUGAAAAGAAGCCAAAUAUUUCAAAUCCCAAGAGGUAAAGAAUUAGAGACUAAAGUGAUUGUGGUGCUGGGAAAAGCAGGAAUGGGCAAAAGCGUUCUUGUUCAGAAGAUCUGCCAGGACUGGUCCAAUGGAGAGUUUUCUCAGUUUGAAUUUGUAUUUUGGUUUGACUGCAAACAAAUAAGCUCACCUGAGAAGCGAUACAGCUUGAAGGAUCUGCUUCUUGAAUUUUUUGUAAAACCUCAAGAGGGAAGCAAAGAGAUCUUUGAGUAUAUAUUGCAAAAUCCUGGUAAAGUCCUUCUGGUUUUUGAUGGUUUUGAUGGAUUGCACGGUCAUGAGAAUUCUCCUCGUUGCUCGGCCAGCCAGCCUGAAAAAGACUUGUGCACUAUAAAGGAGCUUCUCUCAGGACUCAUCCAAAAAAAGAUACUAACUGGCUGUACUUUAUUACUUACAGCAAGACCAAAAGACAAGGUGUACCAGCAUGUGUCCAAAGUGGAUAAAACUGUUGAAAUAGUAGGAUUUUCCCCUCAGCAGAGAGAAUUGUACAUAACCAAAUACUUUGAGGGAUUACCCUACUGUGAUGAUGCACUGAAAUUAGUCAAAGAGUGUGAAUACUUGUUCAGUCAUUGUUACAGCCCUGUUAUGUGUAGAUUCAUUUGUUUUCUCUGUGAGACAGUACUUGAAAUGGGAGACAAAAGCCUUCCUUCAACUCUUACUAAAGUCUUCCUGAAAUUUGUAGAGCAAAAGGUACCUAUGCAAAAGGAUAUUACAGCCAUGCAAAAUCGAGAGAGUCUUGCUACACUAGCACGUAUAGCCUGGCAUCUUGGAGAAAAGCACCGAAGUGCCAUAAAAAGUGAUCUCCUUCCUUCUAAGGAAGUCAAAGAGUUUGCUCUGAAAUAUGGAUUCUUCCUGCCAUUUGCAUUCCCCAAACAUUCAGAUACUGAACGAGAUGAAUUUGGGAGCACAUUCUCUGAUUUUGUCAUUCAGAAUUUCUUGGGCGUGCUUCACCUUAUGUUAGCAGAAGAGAUGAAGGAUAAAAGUCUAACAAAGUACCUGUCUUUUCCAUCCAAGAAGAAAAAACCUUAUAACUGGAUGGAUUUAGUGCCUCGAUUUUUGGCUGGAUUGUUGUUCCUCCAGGAUGACCCCUACUUCUGCUCCAUUUCAAAUGUGGAUGUAAAACAAUCAACCAAGAAGCAGAAAACAUUAUUGAAAUAUAUUGGAAGGCUGCAGAUAAAUGAGUUCUGUCCAGAGAGGUUACUUGAGCUUUUACAUUGUAUUUAUGAAACACAAAACGAUGAUCUUUUUCAGCAUGUGACCUUGAAACUCAAGCCAGACCUGUCUUUUCUGGGCAUAAUUCUUACACCACCUGAUGUCCAUGUACUGCAUGCUGUUUUAAAAAGGUCAAGAAAAGAGUUUUCCUUGGACUUGCGAAACAGCAGCAUUGACAUGCAAGGGCUGAAAGACUUGGUUGGCCUAAAGAAUGUGGCAUCGUUCAGGGCCUCCCUUGGUGAUACGGUCACGCUCUGGGAAUCCUUAGAACAAACACAAGACUACAAACUGCUGAAAGCAUCGACAGAGAAAUUUGUUCUUGACCCCUUUAAGGCAAAGACAAUGAAAGAUAUCAGUGACCUUUCAGACCUUGUAGAGAUGCAGGAGAAGAUGAUCAAUUGCAUGCAGGAUAUAUCUGGUUGCAGCAGCUGUGGAAUUCCUGCCAUCAAAAACCUCAGAAAGCUAGAAUUUGCGCUGGGUCCAGUAUGUGGCCUACAGGGAUUCCUAAAACUCGUGGAAAUUCUUGCAGCAUUUCCAUCACUUCAGCAUUUAGACCUUGAUGCUCUGAGUGAAAAUGGCAUAGGCGAUGAAGGAGCAGAGAGUCUAUCUGAAGUCUUUCCAACCCUGACAUCACUGGAAACAUUAAACUUAUCACAGAAUAAGAUAACAGACGUGGGUGCGGAGAAGUUAGCUACAGCUCUUCCUUCCUUGUCUUCAUUAAAGACACUAAGCUUAUACAACAACAGCAUUUGUGAUAUUGGAGCAGAAAAUCUUGCAAAAGUUCUUCCUGCAAUGGCAUCUUUAAGAGUGCUAGAUAUUCAGUACAACAAAAUAACUGGUGUUGGAGCCCAGCAGCUGACUGACAGCCUAAGAAAAUGUCCCCACAUAAAGAACUUGGUGAUGUGGAAUCCCACCAUUCCCUAUGGAGUUCUUGAACACCUUCAGCAGCUGGACUCUAGGAUCAGUGUGUAGAUUCAGAUGAUCUCAUAAAGGUAAUACAAACCCUGGCUACCUGAGACAACAAGGUUUGUUUCUGUGGCAGCUGUUGAUUCUGGUCUCCCUGGCAGCAGGCACAGUAACAGCAUCAAUACAUGACUAAGCAGAGAGAUGCUGCUCUAGAACCCCACAGAUCAAUGUCGCAUCAGGCCUUCUUUUCUCCCACCACUAUCCCCGCAUUCCCCAUCUCCCUAGCAACAGCACUAGCAGACUGCAAGUGCUGCAUCAAGAAGAGUGGGCUUCUGCUAGGACUCCUCGUUCAGCCUGGUUCAGUGGCUGGCAGCUGGCCUGCUUACCUUCUCUUUUCUGUUUAGAAAACUAGCUCUGUGGACUUCUCAUGGUUACUAGAUUAGUUCUGUACUCCUUAGAAAGUGUUUUGUGUUAAUAUUUAGGAAAUCACUUUCACUUUGUCUUUUAGUACAAACCCUCAACAGCUGCUUGUCUCACUGUGAAGCUGUACCACUGCACUUAGAGCAAACCAUUGGUUCCUGAAUUCCUUAUUCUCCUUCUGGUUUGUGUGUUUUAGCCAUUGGCAAUGACUUUUACUUCAUUGAUUCUGCCUGUGCAGUUUCAAGGAUCCUUGAAAUAAUUGCAUCACUAGCCAUUUGCUGACCAUUUGCUGAUGAUCCCUAGGAUCUGACUGUCUUGACACUCUUGGGCUGGAAGAGUCACAGGAAGUUAGGGUUUUGUGUAGGAUUUCUACCUCCAGUUUUCUGCCAUGUUCUUCCCCUUGCUUAAAAAAAAAAAAAAAUACACAGGAUGCAUCAGUGAAAUGAUCUCAGUGAAGAAUGAGUUGAGCCACACACCAGAUGCCCUCCGUUUCUUCAGAUGGUAGAAAACCACAUUGUCGGGUGAUCAUCAGCUGCUUGAGCUGUAGUUUGAAUGGUCCUGACAAUGGCUGCAGUUGCCAAUGACUCCCUAAACCAUGCAGUGAGCCAAGCUCUUGUAUGGCUCCUGUUCUCAGUGCACUGAUCACUGGAUGUAGACUGUGAUGUGUAUACGGCGCUAGAGGUUGUGGAAGUCUUGGGUGCUGCACUAGCUGCAAAGACCAGCUUUAUACAGCAGCAGUGAAAAAUGGUAGUGAUCCUUAAUGACCUACAGUACAAUUAACUCUUUGUCUUGUUGAAUAACCAUACCUACUUGGGAAAGAAGACAUUAGGGGAAUGAACACUGCCUGGAAACCAUACAAAAGCAACGUUUUCUCUGGCCUCCUGUGUCUGUCAUUCCAGGGGAGCAUGCAAUCUCUGAGCAUGUAGGUCAGCUCCCAAACGACCUCAGUUUUCCUCUUGACACAGAGGAAUAUAGAGUGGUAGACAGCUCCGCUCUACAAAAGUCAGUGAUUCUUGGACACUGGUCAGCUUUCACACAAAGAAAAAGAUGUGUUUAAUGCAGCUCUGCACAGGCAGCCACUUGUAUCUCCUUCCACAACUGUUCUCUCAUGUUUGCAGUGCAUGCCUUUAGCACUGGCUACCACAUUAGAGCAGUAUCUGAAUAUGUAAGGAAACAUUCUUCUUCAUUAGCACUGAUGUUAUGGAGCAGGAAGUCUGGAUCCUGUCUCCCAAACUUAACAUAUCCUGCAUCUACAAGCCACUGUUGUCUGUUUUCAGAGCACAUCAGAUAUAUGGGUUUGGUGGUGUUAAUGGUGAUUGAUCUGAUGGGCAUACUUCUAAUAUUCUGUUUUCUUCAUUUCACAGGAAACAUAUAGGAAAGGGGAAGGUGUCCUCUGUGUUCUCCUAUCUUCUUGCUGCUUUUUAUAAAUCAGUGGCUGAAUUUUCAUUUUAGUUGCAAAAUGAAAAAAGUCACAUUUAAAGCUUCUGAGUGAUGCUUGAAGUGAGUGAAUGAUGGAGUUGCAUUUUUUUUAAAGAUCAUUUAAAAUGCUACUCAAAGACCCAGUUGUGUUUCUACUGAAGUGCUGAAGAGUUAAGCAAUAUCAAGUUUUCAAAGAUGAAAAGAGCGUCUGGGUGUUGUCACCACCAUUAAAGGUGACCAGGAAUCACCAGGAUAUUGAUGGUAUAAAAUUCCGUCAUUGGUUCAUCAGAGUAAACUGCAAGCUGCUGGACCUGCAACAUCUGAAGUUGUGACAGAUCAAACCUAAUAGUUUCGUUGUGCCAGUGGUAACUGUGACCAAAUUCAGUUUGAUGAUUUUGGACUUCCAAAGCUCAAUGUUAUGGAUCUCCCUGGUCUCUCUGGACUGACUUCGAAGCAUUAGGGUCAGAACCAUAAAUAAGAAUCAUCAGUCUUACAAAGCAGCCUGAUAUUUUAAGAUUAUCAACAAGAAUCUAGAAGUGGCUCUUGUCCUGAUGGUAAUCACCAGUACUGUCUGAAGAGAUAGAAAGAUACUUUCUAUCACUUUCUUGCUACAGAGCCCUUAAAAAAUACUGGAGAGAAAAAAAGAAAAAGUAAAGAGAAGAAGGGAAAAUUACCUGGGAAACUAUUAAGGAUUUUUCUGACAUUAUCGCAGAAAUCCAAACGCAUUCAAAUAGCUUUGAUUUAUUGCAAAAAAAAUCCCAGAAGUUACAAUCUUCAAAGGUUUUUUCUCUCUCAAAUAAGAACUUUAAAAUCCUAUACCUGGACUGGAAUUUAGUUUCUCACUUGCAAGUGGCUGCAUAAAUGUACAAGCACUGAUUUUACACUUGACAGUGAAAGCACUACUCUAUGUGGUUUACAUGGCCUUCUUUUACAGAGCUAUGAAUAACUAGGCAAUGACAGACAAUAACAUAUUUCAAAGUAUUGUGUCUGUGCCACUGGUCUCAGCAAAAUGCGGGCCAAAUACUGGUCCUGCUGACUGCAAUAGCAAACCAAUUGUCUCCUCUUUUAUUUCAGCUCUGUGCACAUGGAGAGAACACAUAAUUGUACAGAGACAAUUGUCAGGAUUAGCAUUCUGGUUUCCUAUCCAGAUAGAAUCUGGAGAAACAAAAACAAAAGGGAUGGGUGAAUAUUUGGUUUCUAUGUACCAGUCGGAAUUGUUCAAGCUAAUGUUGUUGUAUUGUGUGUGUUAUUUUUGUGGUGAUGCCUUGAAAAAAGCUAAACUCAAUUAUCGAUGCCAACUGGAUUAUGAAGCGGCUAUGCUUUAAUAAUGCAGGGGCACACACAGGGUAGUCCACCUAAUGUGUCCCACUAAUGAGUCCCCCGUUGGCUGCAUGGCUUUUAUACUGGUUAAGCAUACAUGUUGGUGUGGAUUCCAGGAAAUACCGGUUAAAGAGUUAUAUGUUGCAUGUCCAUUGUUUUCCAGGAACUUAUUAGCAUACCCACUCUUGUAUGCAUAUCACAGUUUCUUUGUGUCUUUUGUUUGCUUCUGAUGGUCUUUAUCUUAUCUCCCUCCUCUCCUCGCUCCUCCCACUGAGCGGGUAUCGGGUCUCUCAGCACAAGGCCCAGCCUAUGCAACAAGAAGUUACUUACUUUGGAUUCGAGAUAUCCAGAGGACAGAGAGAGCUCAGGGCAGCCCAGAAAGAACCUAUUUGCUGCUCACCCAUGCCAGGGACAGUCAAAGCGCUCAGAACCUUUCUGGGAAUGACAGGUUGGUGUCAUUUAUGGAUAUUUAACUAUGGACUCUUAGUGAAACCGUUGUAUGAACUGUUGAAAGAAUAUCGAAUGGGAUCAUCAAAAUUGGCAUGGACCGGGGAGGCAAGAAGGGCAUGUGAAUAAUUAAAGAAGGAAUUGAUGAAAGUCCCAUCUUUAGGUCUCCCCGCUGUUUCAAAGCCAUUCUGGUUAUUUUCACCACUAACAUUGUGAAUCCAGCAUCUUUCCUUAGUGGAGUCACUUUGGAACCAGUAAUACACGACUGACUGAAGACGAUGGAGACAGUAUACUCCAGCCAUCCAGAUCUAAAAGAAGAACUGCUUAUGGAUGUGGAAGAUUCUUGGUACACCGAUGGAAGCAGCUUUGUGAAGCGAGGACCUUCCAAGACUGGGUAUGCUGUGACCACCGCCAGAGAAGUGUUAGAGGCCAAACCGUUACCCCCAGGAACAUCAGCCCAGAAAGCUGUAAUGAUCACCCGAACUCGAGCACUGGAAUGGACUCCUUACCACCCAAGGAAGACACGUUAAACAUGCAGCAGAAAUCUUAAGACUGCUGGAAGCUGUAAAUCUUCCAGAAGAACUGCCUAUCAUGUGCUACAAAGGUCACCAGGGAGGUAAUGCUGACCAGGAAAUUGCCAGGAAAUUUUGAGGCCAGGAAGAAGUAAUAUCUGCUUUGAUUCCAGAUGGUAAACUUCAAGCCCCUGAUUCUGAUUUAAAAUCAGAAAAAAAUACAUCAGGAAGGGAAGUAGAUAAUGGAUGGUUUAUGUUCCAAAUGGACAAAUAAUAAUGCCGUCAGGAGUGCUAUGGUCUUAGACGAGUUACAAAAAAAAAAACUCUUCCCCCAAAAAACCCAAAGAAAACCAAACCAAAUAAAACAAACCCAUCGCGGCACAGAUGUUCUGUAUAAAUAAUAGGAACGCAAAUAGACCUCUCUGAACUCCCAGUAAAAAGGGGAGUAUUGGCGCUUAUUAGUAUUAACAUAUUUUCUCAGGCUGGCCAGAAGCUUUUCCUUGCAGGACAAAUAAAGCAGGUGAAGUCACAAGAGCAUUUUUGAAUGAAAUUAUACCUCAUUUUGGAGUGCCUGCGAUAAUAUCGUCUGGUAGAGGUACACGUUUGUGCUAAAAUGGUUAAAAGGUUAGUGAAAUGUUAAGAAUUGAUUGGCAGUUACAUACUCCAUACUGACCACAGGCUAGUGGCUGGGUGAAGAAAAUGAAUCAUCAGAUUGUUGCUGAUAAAACAGCAAUUAGCUAAAAAUUGUCAAGAAGCCAAUUUCUAUUGAUAUCAAGAACUUCCUUUGGCCUUGUGUAGGAUUGGAACCAACCCAAGGUCCGAGGAAGGUGUUAGCCCUGUAUAUCAAUUGCAGUAUACAGGAGAAGAUCUCACAGAAUUGGGUGAGAAUUAUUUACAAUGAUGUUUAAUCAGCUAACAAAACCGGCUGAACUUGCUGGAGAAACAAAAGAAAGAAAACAACAGAAAAAAAAAAAUAACCUGAAAAAAAAGUGGACAACAGAACGCUUAAGACCUUUUAAAAAUAAAAUAAAAAAAAAAAAAAAAAAUUAAGGCUAACUAAAGUAAAGUAAAGCGUAAAGAUGGAAAAGUGUUACUAUUAUUAUUAAUGUAUCCAUUAGGAGAAGCUUUAUUUUCCAUAAGUAGGACGCCUCUAUAAACAUUUCGGAAGAACUGGCUUGUACAAUAAAAUAGUAUGGCCUUUUGUUUAAAUGCUGGUUCUUCGGUACAACAUAUAUUUAUUCCAUGUACUUUGGGAAUCCCCGCAAGCAUUCAAACCUUUGGAAACUACACGCAAUUGUCAAAAUUUUGUCAUAUGAAGCUGAAAUUAUGCCUUCCUCGCACCGAUGAUCUCCCUUGCGAGUUUCACCUUUGUCAAAACUGCAACAGUUUGCUUCAUUUUGGCUUUGAUUUCUUUUUUCACAGGUUCACGAGGCGGUACGCAAAUACCGCAGUGUAGGAGUGAAGCCCAGUGAUCACCCACUGACCGUGCCAAAGUCUUCCAAUGUCUCAGGUCCCUCUUCUCAGUGCUGGGUGGGAAGCGAAUUUCCCUCCUUCAGCUGCCCAUGCCCAGGCUGAAUGCGCAGUCUCUCCCAGACCCUCUCCAGAUCACGUUGUUACCACCUUUGCUGCGUGACCGGGAGCAGCGUGUCUGUAUCCGGGGACCCCUUGGCCUCUUCUGCCCAGGCCUGGGGAAGCCAGAGGAGCCCCGUGUAAACCGGCAUUGUCUGCAUUAAAGCUUUUGAUCGGUCGCCAGGUGCUGUAUGCAUUUCCCUUUUUGGUGUUUCAAACAAAGAAAAGACGAGGCGGAGACCAUCUGAGAGUGUGUGGCGAUCACGCUGUGAGCAAGUGUCUGGCACUGGGAGCGCUGCAUCAUGCAACGCAGGCUCCGAUUUGGCAGCCCACUUCUCUGUACGGGUCAAUUGACUUGGACGGGCUCGCUCACGUGCUGGGGGAGUUUGCAGGAUCGCGAUCGCGUGCAGAUGUUAACAGGGAAAUAUUCUCACUGUCGAUGCGUCUGCCACUGUAAAAGUGCACUUGUGUUGGAUUUGAAUUCCGUGUUAUUUUCCUGCACCGGGUCAGCUUUUCCUUUCUAGCCUUCCCGUAUUGCAAAGCUGAAGUACUUCCCGUCGGAACAGCUUCUGCCGUUUGGAGAAAGCUGCCUUUCCUCUGGAAAUGCCACCUCUGUCUUUCAGCUUUUGUUUGGAGGGCAGAUCAGGUGAGUGAGAUUUCUGGGCCGUUGACGGGUCUGAAACUGUCCCCUGAGUGGCGCAGGAAGCGCGGAGCCCGCAGCCGCGGAUGAACAUUAGCGCGGCUCCGUUUGCCUGCCCGGGAGCGUCCGUGCUCCGCGGAAGCGGGCCGAAGCGCCGGCGUCUCGGUCAGGGUCGUCCCGAGGGAAGGCACGGUUUGCAACGCUCCAGAGUCCGGCAGCGGGCCAGGGUUGUGUGGGCGGCGCCGUGGGAGCUGCUGCUCCGGCCGAUUCGGCGCCCGUUCGUGUCGAUCCCCAAAACGGAUAAAAUGGUAAAAAUGGUAAAACUGGCAUAAACAGCUUCGCCCGCCUCAGGGCGGCCGCAUUGUGGCUGCAUCGCGGUCCUGCAGCGAAAGGUUUAAAGAUCUCCCCCGCCGCUGCUUUCAAAAGCUGCGCUUUUCCCCAGCCCAUUGGCUGAGCCGUGCGUCACUCGGAGAGCGGUGGCCAAUCAGCGGCGGCAGAGCGCCGGAGGGGGGAGUGGGCGGAGUGGGGGAGCACUCCCAUUGGCUGGGAUCCCUGUCUUCGGGACUGAAUGGAGCCGGGGCUCAGUGCUGCUGUGCCGCGGCCGCAGGGCGGUACUGCAGCCUGGGGGGCGCACGGGGCCCGGCUAGCCGGGCGAGGCGGGGAGCGAGCCGGCGGCGCCUUUCAAAGCUCGGUUCGGCUUCUCUCGGCUCCGCCCGGCCACUGUUCGGCACAGUUGGCUCUGCUCUUCGGUGCCCUUCGGCCCUCCCAGCCCGCCUGCGGCUGCAGCCAGUGGGAUGCAGGCUGGGGCUGGGAGAGGGACAGCGCCCCGUGUCCCCCGCUGUCCCCCAGUGCCCCCGUGAGAGCGGGGCUCGGCUCGGCGUGCGGAGGGGGGGGUAUUGCGGGGAGGAGGGCGGCGCUUCACAGCCGUUCUUCUUAUGUCUGCUUUUAUUUUUAGAUUCUUUAUGGCAGCUUUAUCGGACUUAAGUUUUAGCUUCAUGACUUGCACGAGACAUGGCUCUACGUGACGGGAGGACUGCUGGCAAAACGGCAAGAGGAGGAUCAACAAGAAACAGUGGAACCCGCCCUUUGGAGUUUGCUGCUCGUUUGGCUGCUGAGAAGGAGGAGUCUCUGAAUUUGCUACUGCCCGCGACAGAUCAAAGAAGUUUAAUAAAAGUUCAGUUCUACCUAAAUGGUGGGUGGGAGUAUACUUAUGUAAAGCAUAUGGUAUGUAACUGUUAUCUAUAUGCUUCAAAGCACUGUAUCUCAGCAGCUAGAACAUGGGAGGAAUCUUUUAAUCUGUACCGGUCUUUAACAAGGAUAAUUGACCUUUAGUGGCUUAAUAACAUAGAUAAUUUUAUCUAAUUUAAAUCAAGCCUGGCUGUCAUACAUUGAACUUUCAGUAAACCACCAACGUUUUGUAUUUAGGAGUAACUUUUUAUUACCCAUCCUAAGUGGGAUGAUAGUUUUGCUGUUAAAAGAGUGGGUCUUGUUCAAAAACCUCCGAAGGUAAUAGUUGGGUUGGUUAAGUCUGUGCCACACCUGCGGUCAGCAAUUAGGUACAGGUGAGGAGUUUGCCCCUUAAAAGACCUCUCGAUUUAGAGCUGAGUCUUAGCCCCUUGUGCUUUUCUUCGUGGUGCAUUUGAGCCUCCUGGCAUUGUUUCUUCUGUGAUUUUCAGGUAAUGAUUUUGCUUGUGGGUUUGCAUUUUAGUCUUAGAGUAAAAUUUGUUUGGAAUGUGGCAGAGAAGCGUUAGCACGAACAUUUGCAGUCAAUGAUGUCUUUCUUUGUUCUUCUUCUAUUAUUAGAGGUAGGAAUUUUUUUUGUUUAGCUUUUUUUUUUAUAUAUAUAUAUUUAGGCACAAAGGACUUAGGCUUAGCCUAAAUGAGAUUUCCAGUGUAGUUCUAGCGAUAGAUGUUACUGGGUUUCCCAGAGCUGGUUUGUUUAAUUUGGGGUUUGUAUCAUAAGCAGUUGAAAAUUAUGUUUGCCUGGAAUUUUUUGAAGAAGUACCCAAGGAAACUGUUAGCUUGCCUAUAUUGCUGGGAAUUUUUUUUGCUUAAUCUACAUCAGUACUUGAGGACUCCAGGGAGGUAAAUACGAAAGCAGUUUUAAAAAAACUUCCUAGGGGAAAGUCAGUAAACUAUUCAUGAGUAAGGCCGUGACAACUGUGCCAGGCAAGUUAUUAGAAAUUGUAAUGAAGAAUGGAAUUAAAGGGUAUGGAUGAGCAUGGUGUUUGUAUGGGGAAAUCCUACCACACCAAUCUCUCAGUUUUCUGAAGGAAACUGCAGCCAUCUAAAUUAGGAUGAUUUGGUUGAUGCUGCAUCAUCUUACUUACUGAAUGAGAGUAGUGGGGGAGCGGUGGAAUUUCUGCCCUGUUUUGUGCUCUUCUGUUGUUAUUUAACUCCUGCUCAGAACUUGAAAAAGUUUUGAGUAGAGAGUACGCAAGAGGUUUUAGAUCUAGUGCAUAUUUGUACAAGAACUGUAUUUUUAUCUUAUUUUUAGAAAAUGUUUUCAUUUGUUCGGUGACUGUUCCAAAUAGUUUUAUGUAGAAAACCUUGUGUAAAAAGCAAUGAAUAGUGAGGUCUUGUAGGGGAGUUAAGGUUGCUCAGACAGGAUGAGUGAAUCUGGUCUAGAAACACUGGUUUUUGGUCAAGUGAGCAAAAUAGAAACUGAACAAUGCUCUUCCUCACCAAGCUGUGUGUGGCUGCGUGUUCCAUUGUGGCAUUUCUUGUGGUGUGUUUUCAUUUUAGGAAAACACAUCAUUUGGUUUACACUUUGAUCCAAAUACUUUUCUGCGCUGCUUUUCUG